AUGCACUCAAGGCUGCCAAGUCUGCCAGAAUUUAGUCAGGUGUUACUGUGGCCGACUGAUUCAAGACCACCAUGGGCUAGAUCAUGCUUGGAGCCUCUCAGCUGCUGAAGACAACGGAAAUGAGCAGUGGUCUGUUGAGAAGCACACAGUGAAAAGCCCCACAGAUACCUUUGGCACCAUUAAUUUCCAAGAUGGAGAACAUGUCUACCACUCCAAGUACAUUAGAACUUCUUGGGAUACACAAUCGGAUCACCUGUUGCAUUUAAUGUUGAAAGAGUGGAAUAUGGAACUGCCAAAGCUUGUGAUCUCUGUCCAUGGGGGUAUCCAGAACUUCAAGAUGUCCUCUAACCUCAAAGAAACCUUCAGCCAGGGUCUGGUCAAAGCUGCAGAGACCACAGGAGCAUGGAUAAUUACAGAAGGCAUAAACUCAGGUGUGUCCAAGCAUGUUGGGGAUGCCCUAAAAGCCCAUUCCUCUAAGUGUUUGAGGAAAAUCUGGACAGUUGGAAUCCCUCCUUGGGGUGUGAUUGAGAACCAGAGAGAACUGGUUGGAAGAGAUGUGGUGUGCAUGUACCAGACUCUGAAUAACAACCCCCUCAGCAAGCUCACCACACUCAACUGCAUGCACUCUCACUUCAUCCUGUGUGAUGAUGGCACUGUGGGCAAGUAUGGCAAUGAGGUGAAGCUCAGGCGGAACCUGGAGAAGCAUCUCUCGAUGCAGAAGAUACACAGCUGCUCAAGACAAGGUGUGCCCGUGGUGGGGCUGGUGGUGGAAGGAGGCCCCAAUGUCAUCCUCACAGUAUGGGAGACUGUCAAGAACAAGGAACCUGUGGUGGUGUGUGAGGGCACGGGUAGAGCUGCUGACCUCUUGGCCUUCACCUACAAACAUUGGGAGGAUGGAGGGAUGCUGCGCCCUCAGGUGAAAGAAGAGAUCUUCUGUUUGAUUCAGAGCAUGUUCAACUUUAGCCUUAGGCAGUCGAGGCACCUUUUCCAAAUUCUGAUGGAGUGCAUGGUACACAAGGAUUCUAUUACCAUAUUUGAUGCUGAGUCUGAGGAGCACCAAGACCUUGAUUUGGCAAUCCUCACGGCUUUGCUGAAGGGCACAAACUUAUCAAUAUCAGAACAAUUAAAUCUGGCAAUGGCUUGGGACAGAAUGGACAUUGCCAAGAAACAUAUCCUAAUUUAUGGACAACAUUGGAAGCCCGGUACUCUAGAACAAGCAAUGUUAGAUGCUUUAGUGAUGGAUCGGGUGGAUUUUGUGAAACUCUUGAUAGAGAAUGGAGUGAACCUCCACCGUUUCCUCACCAUACCCCGGCUGGAAGAUCUCUAUAAUACAAAACAAGGACCAACUAAUAUGUUUUUACGUCAUCUUGUCCAAGAUGUAAAACAGCAUACCCUUCUCUCAAGCUACAGAAUAACGCUCAUCGAUAUUGGGCUGGUAAUAGAGUACCUCAUUGGUGGAGCCUAUCGAAGCAGCUACACUAGGAAAAGUUUCAGAGUUCUCUACAACAACCUCUACAGAAAGCAACGCAAGAGUGUGACCAGCUUUUCUCAGAGCCUUUCCCAGCACCCUCUUCACCAGCGGCAUUCCUUGGGAAGUAGACAUGAAUCUUCAGAAAGCACACUGCAUUCCCAGUUCUUUAGGACUGCACAGCCCUACAAAUCCAAGGACAAGCCUGGAGACUCUCAUAAGUCAAAGAAGAAGUCAAAGGAAAUACACAGCCUAUCAGAGGACCCCGAGUCUGCUGGUUUUGUCUACCCAUACAAUGAUCUUCUGGUAUGGGCUGUGCUGAUGAAGAGGCAGAAGAUGGCCAUGUUCUUCUGGCAGCAUGGAGAGGAGACCACAGUCAAGGCGGUCAUUGCUAGUAUUCUAUAUAGGGCCAUGGCCCGGGAAGCUAAGGAGAGCAACAUGGUGGACGAUACCUCAGAGGAAUUGAAAAAUUACUCAGAGCAGUUCGGCCAGCUUGCUCUGGAUGUAUUGGAGAAGGCCUUCAAGCAGAACGAGCCAAUGGCCAUGAAACUGCUGACCUAUGAACUCAAGAACUGGAGCAAUUCCACCUGCUUGAAACUGGCCGUGUCUGGAGGACUGCGUCCUUUUGUGUCACAUUCUUGUACCCAAAUGCUGCUGACAGACAUGUGGAUGGGGCGUCUAAAAAUGAGGAAAAACUCCUGGCUGAAGAUAAUCAUCAGUAUCCUAUUACCUCCCAUGAUUUUGACAUUGGAAUUUAAGAGCAAAGCUGAGAUGUCCCAUGUCCCACAAUCCCAGGAUUUCCAGUUUACGUGGAAUUACAGUGACCAGGGACUCAACAACACCAAGGAAAGUGCUUAUGAGGCACAGAUUGGGCCCCAGAGCCUCCCCUGGACAAGGAGAGUCUACGAGUUCUACAGUGCUCCCUUUGUCAAGUUUUGGUUUUACACGAUGGCUUAUUUGGCAUUCCUCAUGCUGUUCACUUACACAGUGUUGGUGGAGAUGCAGCCCGAACCCAGCGUGCAAGAGUGGCUUGUCAUCAUUUACAUCUUCACCAAUGCCAUUGAGAAGGUCAGGGAGAUAUGCAUUUCAGAACCAAGCAAGUUUACUCAAAAGGUGAAGAUGUGGCUGAGUGAAUACUGGAACCUAAUAGAAACUGUGGCUAUUGGCCUAUUUUCAGUUGGUUUUGGCUUACGGUGGGGACACCCCCCUUUGCACACUGCAGGAAGACUCAUCUACUGCAUAGACAUCAUAUUCUGGUUCUCUCGGCUCAUGGACUUCUUUGCAGUGAACCAACAUGCAGGUCCAUAUGUGACCAUGAUUGCAAAAAUGGCAGCAAACAUGUUCUACAUUGUGAUCAUGAUGGCCAUUGUCCUGCUGAGCUUUGGCGUGGCGCGCAAAGCCAUCCUCUCACCACAUGAGCCUCCUUCAUGGCGCCUGGCUCGAGAUAUUGUAUUCGAGCCAUAUUGGAUGAUGUAUGGAGAAGUCUAUGCUUCAGAGAUAGAUGUUUGUUCAGGUGAAACGUCUUGCCCUCCGGGUUCUUUCCUGACUCCAUUCCUGCAAGCUGUCUACCUCUUUGUUCAGUACAUCAUCAUGGUGAACCUGCUGAUUGCCUGCUUCAACAACAUCUACUUAGAUAUAAAAUCCAUCUCCAAUAAACUCUGGAAAUACAAUCGCUAUCGCUACAUCAUGACCUACCACCAGAAGCCCUGGCUACCCCCACCCUUCAUCCUGCUGAAUCACCUGUGCCUGCUCCUCCGAGGUCUAUGCUGCCGUCCAACACCACAGGACCAAGAAGAGGGUGAUGUAGGGCUAAGAUUGUCCAAUAGAAGAUUUUCCAAUGUUGGUCAUGCAAAAGAGAAUACAUUUGUGAAUAACAAUGGGCUGAUCCAUCAGAUAAUCGGCAGUGGUGACCUGCAGGCAGCUGGAAAGGUUUCAGAGAUGUUCUUCCAACUGAAAGAAAUGAAUGAAAAAGUGUCUUUCAUAAAGGAUUCCCUGCUAUCCUUAGACAGUCAGGUGGGACACCUCCAAGAUCUCUCCGCCCUGACUGUGGACACCUUAAAGGUCCUUUCAGCUGUUGACACAUUGCAAGAAGAUGAGGUUCUUCUGGCCAAUAGAAAGCAUUCUGCUUGUAGAAAGCUUCCCCACAGCUGGACCAACGUCAUCUGUGCAAAUGUUCUAAGCAGCAUGGAGAGCUGUGGAAAGCAGAAAGUUCAGUAUUAUAGCAUGCCCCCUUCUUUGCUGCGGAGUCUUGCUAGGAGCCAGCUUCCCCCAAGAGUGCAGACAGGUGCCCUCUUAGAGAUUACACACGGUAAGAGAGAGGCCUCACAUGUAAGAGAAGACCAGGAGGAACAAGAAAUGGAAUCAAGGACAGUUGCUUCUGGGAUGUCUCAUGUCAGGCAAGCAUGCUCGAAGUAUGGUCAGUUUCUCCUGGUACCAUCUUCUGAAAUGCAACCUCCUUUCUCUUUUGAAAAACCUCCACCUCUUUUCAGAUCAUCUGAGGAGCCUGAUAUAGAUGGCCUGGCACUGGAACAUGUAUGCCAACAUGAUAUCACCAUCCACCUGCCUGUGCCAACCCCUGCUGCCUCCCACCAGGCAUUGGUAGCAGAACACCAGGAACAACAUGAGGCAGUCACACAGAUGUCAGACAAACAUGACAAGGCAGAAGAUCCACUCACGAUUAGUGGCAUACCUGCUCCCGUGUCAAUGACCUCUCUCCCUUCUGGAGCCAUCAGCAUGCAAGCUGAUGGUGGCUAUGUGAACUGGGCCUUUUCGGAAAGUGAUGAAACUGAUGUGUUUAGUUUUAAAAAAAAGUGGAAAACCUGUUUGCCCUCCACUUGCAACAGUGACUCCAUUCCAGGUAGAGGAUGCCCGCUGCGGAUUGGAAGCAGGUCCAGACUGGAUAACUCAAGAAGACUGGCCCCGUGUAGUAGUGAACGCUCAGUGCUGGCAGGAUCAUGGACCCAGCCAAGAAGAUCUUUUUGGAUCAAUCCUCUCUGCAAAGACAGACCUCUCGUUAGGAGUCAUAGCUUUAGAUUCCACAAGGAGGAGAAACUGAGGAAGAUCUGGAAGAACAAUGGCCAUUCAAGAUCCUCGGAGACUGGAUCAACAUGGAUCAAAGCAAAACUCCUAACAAAGAACAGGAACCUGUCAAAGAAAAAGCGGAAGACCCAGGGCUUCCAGGUGCCAGUGAUAACAGUCAAUGCCUGCUAUCAAAAUGACCAAUUGAAUUCAGAGUCAGGAGAAACAAACAUCACUGAAAAGUACAACAAGAACUGGCUCUCUGUAUCCAACUUCAGUCAGAUAAAUUUGGAACCUUAUAUAUAUCAGAAAAUGAAAAUGAAGGAAAUUGAACAACAUAUGACACAAGGCAGUGACUACCUAAAGCAGGCUCAAGAGGACCCAGAUGAAAACCCUUCGUGGAGUCCCAGGAGCAGCAAUCUCAACAGGAACUUCCUAACAAGAAGCUCAAGUGAAGCUGACAAGAUCUCAGCCUCGUUGAAAAGCCCUCAAGAGCCUCACCACCAUUAUUCAGCCAUUGAAAGGAAUAAUUUAAUGAGGCUUUCUCAGACCAUACCGUUUACACCAAUCCAGCUGUUCGCUGGAGAAGAAGUGACUAUCUACAAGCUUGAAGAGAGUUCCCCUCUGACUCUGGAUAAGAGCAUGUCCUCUUGGUCCCAGCAUGGGAGAGCAGCCAUGAUUCAGGUGCUGUCCCAAGAGGAAAUGGAUGGGGGCCUCCGUAAAGCCAUGCGAGUCAUCAGUACCUGGUCUGAGGAUGAAGUUAUCAAGCCUGGGCAGGUUUUCAUUGUGAAGUCCUUUCUCCCGGAGGUUGUACAGACAUGGUAUAAAAUCUUCCAGGAGAGUACCGUGCUUCAUCUUUGCCUUAGGGAAAUUCAACAGCAAAGAGCUGCCCAAAAACUCAUCUAUACCUUCAACCAAGUCAAACCACAAACCAUUCCCUACACGCCAAGGUUUCUGGAAGUUUUCUUGAUCUACUGCCAUUCAGCCAACCAAUGGUUAACCAUUGAGAAGUACAUGACAGGAGAGUUCCGGAAAUACAAUAACAACAAUGGCGAUGAAAUUGCCCCCACCAACACCCUGGAAGAGCUGAUGUUGGCUUUCUCUCACUGGACAUAUGAGUAUACCCGGGGAGAACUGCUGGUUUUAGAUUUGCAAGGUGUUGGAGAAAAUUUGACAGACCCAUCUGUUAUAAAACCUGAAGACAAACAAUCAAGAGGGAUGGUGUUUGGACCAGCCAAUUUAGGGGAAGAUGCAAUUAGAAACUUCAUUGCAAAACAUCGCUGCAACUCCUGCUGUGGGAAGCUCAGGCUGCCGGAUUUAAAAAGAAAUGAUUAUUCCCUUGCGAGGGCACAUUGCAACUCAGGACUUGAGAAAAACGUUGAACCAGCUGAGGGGCUUCCAGCAAGAGACAGGAAUAGAAGUUCCCUGGAAGAUCACACACGCCUAUAGAAAGGGUGAUGAGAAAGAGGCUAAAGGUCCCUUAGCUCCUUUUGCCUUGAACUCUAGGUGAUGUACACUGAUUGACAUGACCCUGGCUGUGUCAGAAUCUCUGUCAGGAUGGCUUUACAAUGUGGAACUCUCUGGAGGUGUCCCCUGAGCCUCAUCUUUCGUUGCCCAGAGGACACAGUGUCUAAUGGAGGGUUCCUCCUGGGUAUUGACCUCUGAGCAGAAUGUUGCCAUACAUUCUCAUCUCCUGGUUCUGCAUGAAGACACCAGAUGAGCCCACCAGGAAUACUUUCAUUUAUACCUCAUUGCUUCAGCUGACCGCUUGGAACUGUUGGAGUAGAAUGCUGUGCACUGAAGAACUGGGGGACGAAUUAAUUUAUUUUUUCACUAUGUUCGCAGACUCUGUCCCUACUGCUAGUCAUCUCAUCAUUUCAUCCAAGGGUUGUUCAUAUACCUAUGCAUACAUUAAGAAUAUAUGUGAUUUCCUCUUCCGUCUACAGCAGCACAAGGUUUGAAUAGCACCAAUAGGGAAGACACUGGGAUGAAUGUCUGUUAACCCAGGCUGGAGCAGAAAUAGCCAUUAAAAAGUCCAAGUAGACUGGUAGACUCUAGAUGCUUUGAAUUAUGUCAUCAAAUCACAUGAUGCUUGGGCUCUUUCAGUUCCUUGGAACAAAGGAAAAGGACAAAUCUAAAUUAAUUUUCCUUACAUCCCUUUACUUUUUUAAAGGCAAAAAUGAGGAUAUGUAAUCCUGCAAACUAUUAAUAAAGGUUUCACUUUUUAAGCUCAGGACACUAAGGUAGAGACCAUUGCCACUCUGUUCGUUCUCUCCCUCUUGGUACUGUAUCCCAUUAUAUCUACAUUCUCCUUUGCCAGUCCUGUGGGGAAAGAUGCAUCUCAGGUUGAAACGUCUUGCAUGUAUUUUUUUCUUCCUUUGCAGCAUUCUGAUGGCUUGAACACUUAAUCAGUUUCUGGAGCUUGAAGGAAGGUGUCCCUGGAAGCAACCUUACAUUGGGGGCAGCUCCCUGUUGCAUGCUGGGUAUGGUUGCCCUGCCUCGGAACAAGCAUGAUGUUUUACACUAGCAACAGAAAAGCCUGGGACUGAGAGAUGGUUCCCCUCCACCUACCGAACCCCCCUCUUAGCAUUCCCAUUGGCCAGCAGUAAACUUCCUAGGCCUAAAUAUUUUCAGCUUAUCUUUGUCUUUAGUACUUACAUUCGUUGACUGACUUCUAAGUCUACUUUAGAAAUCUGGACUCCUGCUUCCUUAGGCUGCACUUCAGAGGAAGUGUUGCAUGGUGGGGUGGAAAGAAAUUGUAUUUGGUUCAUGUGAUUUUGAGGAUGCAUCUGUAUUCUGUUUUGUUUCAUUGGUAGGAGGUGGGAAACUUGGACAAUUUCUUAUCUCUGUCUUCCGUCUCUCCCUUCCUUCUUCCCUCUUCCUCCUCCUUCCUCUGUGUAGCAUAGACUUCCUUCAAACUCCCAAUCCUCUUGUCUCAGCCCCUUAAGUAUGCGCUUGCAUGAGACAGUGAUUGGCAGUGAGGAUAAAAUAUUAAUAAUGUUGGGGGGUGGUGCUUAGCAGUAUUGUCCAGUCUCUAAAUCAUUAAGAGAUCUGUUGGUCUCACUUCAGUGCUGUGCUCAACUCUAGAAAGGGCAGAGUUUACCUAUGCAAGGGCCAAACCAAAUGCACCAAUUUAUUGACCAAAAUACCUGUAAACUGGAGUGAAACUUGAA